AUGUCUGAAGCCGAAGCGUCGACCUCUCAGCGGCCGAUUACUUUCUUCGACAUCUCCAUCGGUGGUAGGCCGGUUGGGAGAGUCGUGUUCUCUUUGUACAGUGAUCUUGUACCGAAGACUGCAGAGAAUUUCCGCGCGCUAUGCACUGGCGAGAAGGGGAUUGGACAGUCGGGCAAACCGCUGUCUUUCCAGGGCUCUGCGUUCCACCGUGUCAUCAAAGGCUUUAUGUGCCAGGGAGGUGAUUUCACCGCUGGAAAUGGCACUGGUGGCGGAUCGAUCUACGGAGAGAAGUUUGAGGACGAAGCAUUCGUCGUGAACCACACGAAGCCCUUCUUGUUGUCCAUGGCCAAUGCAGGACCCAAUACCAACGGGUCUCAGUUCUUCAUUACCGUCAGCCAGACACCGCAUCUAGAUGGCAAACAUGUCGUCUUCGGCGAGGUGAUCAAGGGGAAAUCGAUCGUCCGACAGAUCGAGAACAACCCGACGGGGCAGGGAGACGCGCCAAUAGCGCCUGUCGUCAUCACAGCGUGUGGUGUCCUCUCCCCGGACGAUCCUUCUCUAGCAGCGGAGACGUCGACUGAUGGUGAUCCAUACGAAGACUUCCCCGCCGACGAUGACCACGAUCUAAGCAAUGCAGACCUCGUCCUGGACAUCGCCAAAAAGGUCAGGGAGCUGGGCAACGCGUUGUUCAAGUCCGGCAACACCAACGAAGCCCUUAGCAAGUACCAAAAGUCUAUCCGAUACAUCGACCACCACAUUAGCAUAGUGGAUUCUACACCGGCAGAACGCCAAGAAGCUUUUAACGCGCUGCUCGCACCCUUGCUUCUGAACUCUGCACUAGCCGCUGUUCGCCUUCAACCGGCCUCGACUUACAAUGCUGAUGUCGCCAUCACUAACACAUCCCGGGCUUUAGACGAACUGAAAUUGAGUGACUCAGACAAAGCCAAAGCCUUAUACCGCCGUGCGCUCGCGCGGAGCAUACGGAAGGAAGACGAGUUGGCUGAAAAUGACCUAGUAGAAGCGAACAAGGUUGUGCCGGAUGACCAGGCUAUUGCGAAUGAACUGGCCAAGGUUAGGCAACGGAAGAAGGAGAAGCGGGAUAAGGAGAAGGCAGCGUACAAGAAAAUGUUUUCAGGAUGA